GUGCGGUGGUGAAUUAAAAAAAAAAACGUUUUUGGUGUGCAGGUUUUUGUGGCGUGUCACAGCGUGCUGCAGCUGUCGCAGCUCCUGGUGUCGGGCUAUAUGAAGAGUUCCAUCUCCACCAUCGAGCGGCGCUACGGUCUCUCCAGUCAGAAGUCGGGGCUGCUGGCCGCCUUCAACGAGGUGGGCAACACGCUGCUGAUUGUCUUCGUCAGCUUCCUGGGGAGUCACGUUCACCGCCCUCGCGCCAUCGGCUGCGGCGCUCUGUUGGCCUGUUUGGCGUCGCUGCUCAUGGCGCUGCCGCACUUCGUGAGCGGGCCAUACCGCUACGGCGAGCGGCGCUACCAUCGCGCCGGACCCGCCUGGAACGGCUCCGGUUUGUGCCACUUGGAGAACAUUCCGGCAGAGGCGCCGUCGUCCAAUCGGAGCUGCGGCGAACAGGAAAGCUUCGCCCACGAGGGCAUCUACUACCUGCUGCUAUUUGGUCAGCUGCUGCUGGGCGUGGCCUCCGUGCCCAUGCAGCCUUUCGGCAUCUCCUACAUCGACGACCACGCCAGCAGGAAGAACUCGCCGCUCUACCUCGGCAUCCUACUGGCCGUCACCGCCAUCGGCCCCGCCUUUGGCUUCCUGGGCGGCGCCUUCCUGCUGCGAUUCUACGUGGACUUGGACAAGAUCGCUGCAGAUGAGGUGGAGCUGGAUCGCGGCGACCUGCGCUGGGUGGGCGCCUGGUGGCUGGGCUUCCUGGUGGCGUCGUGCCUUC